AUGAGCUCUGAGCUCUUCACCCUGACCUAUGGGGCUCUUGUCACUCAGCUGUGCAAGGACUAUGAAAAUGAUGAAGAUGUCAAUAAGCAGCUGGACAAAAUGGGCUAUAACAUUGGAGUUCGGCUGAUUGAAGAUUUCUUGGCACGGUCAAAUGUUGGGAGAUGCCAUGACUUUCGGGAAACUGCAGAUGUCAUUGCCAAGGUUAUUAUCCUGGGCCACCUGGCCAUGCCAAAGGAUAUCCAUUGGGAAACACUGCUCACUGCUCUCUGUCUCCCU